CUACUUGGUAGUAGUCUGUUACAAAGAAAUUAUCAGGAAAAUGAAGUGGAAAUUGAGCGAAUUUUUUUGGAUAAUUUCCGUAACAGCAGUAAUUGUGAUUAUAAUUUUUAGACGCUGUACGCUAUACCCGAUAGGAACUUGUUCGAAAGACGACAAAGAACAAAGCUUUCCUGACGAUUUCAUUUGGGGGGCGGCCUCAUCGGCUUAUCAAAUUGAAGGAGCGUGGAAUGUUGACGGCAAGGGAGAAAGCAUCUGGGAUCAUGUAUGCCAUACCGAUCCGACAAAAAUUAUAGAUCAAACGAAUGGCGACACGACAGCCAAUUCGUAUGAAUUCUAUAAAGAGGAUGUACGCGCUCUCAAAAAUACCGGAUUUAAAUUCUAUCGCUUCUCGAUCAGCUGGCCAAGGAUACUACCAAAUGGAAGCCAUACAAAUAUUAACGAACUGGGCCUUCAAUACUAUGAUAAUGUAAUCAACGAACUGUUAGCCAACGGUAUACAGCCAAUCGUAACGAUGUUUCACUGGGACUUGCCUCAAGCGUUACAGGAUUUUGGAGGCAUGUUAAAUCCAGUCAUUGUUGACUAUUUUGUCCAAUAUGCAAAACUUCUGAUAGAGCAUUUUGGCGAUCGAAUAAAAAUCUGGAACACAUUCAACGAACCAAAUAUAUUCUGCGAUUACGGCUAUGGCAGGAAUCUUCACGCACCUUUCGUCAACUCCACCGGUUUAGGCCCUUAUCUGUGUAAUUAUCAUGUGUUGCUAGCGAAUGCAAAAGUGUACCGAAUGUACCACGACCAUUACAACAUCGACAAAAUUGGAAAAAUUGGUCUCGUCCUUGAAAGUCAAUUCUAUUAUCCCAAAGAUCCAAAGAAGCCGGAAGAUGUUGAUUCCGCUAACAGAAUGAUAGAGUUUUGGCUUGGCCAAUAUUCCCAUCCAAUAUUUAGUAAGACUGGCGGUUAUCCAAAAGUGAUGGUGGAUAUCAUUCGGAAAAAUAGCCUGGCCGAGGGUUUAAGCGGUUCACGGCUACCAGUAUUUGACGAAUAUCAAAAACAUCUGAUCCGUGGCACUUCGGAUUUCUUUUUCUUAAAUUAUUACACUAGUUCAUAUGUAGAGCCUGCGACCACGGAUCGAUAUUUUCCAAAGCCAUCCCUUUUACACGAUGCAAAUGUGUUUACGACUCAAGAUGAAAAUUGGCCUGUAGCCGCGUCAUUUUGGCUGCGCUCUGUACCAGAUGGACUGAGAAAAUUGCUGAAUUGGAUAAAAAAGGAGUACGACAAUCCACCUGUAAUGAUCACGGAAAAUGGUUGGACUGAUCAUGGAGAGAUAGAAGAUAUCGGUCGUGAGCGGUAUUUGAAAGAUCAUUUAAAAGCUAUGCAAGAUGCAAUUUUGGAAGACGGGUGUAACGUUAUCGGUCAUACGACAUGGAGUAUAAUUGACAAUUUCGGGUGGACAUUUGGAUAUACCAAAAGAUUUGGCUUGUACCAUGUGGAUUUUACGAGUGAGAACAAAACAAGAACACCGAAGAAUUCGAAUAAGUUCAUGCGGAAAGUCAUCGAAACGGGAAAAAUUCCAUCUGAUUGAUGAGCUUUUUACCGUUAUAUCACAGUAUUUUGUACAUAUAAGGGCAUUAGUUAAUCGGAACUAUCAUCAAUUGGUGGAGUCAAAUAAAAUAUCGACUGAUAAAAAAGCUGAAAUAUAAAAAAUACUUUCGGGGCAAAUAAGGUCUUGUC